GCUGAACCACAGAAAUACAAUAUCCAUCUGCACAUUAAUCUGCUGAGACAAAUACAAGCUCUGUUCGCAGCAGAAUGUGGAAUCAAAAAGCUGAACUGCUUCCUGUUCCCUCUUGCCGAACAUUAACAAUUGGGAGAUCUGAAAGAGGGCGAGGAAAUAGCGAGGGUGGUGGAGUGGAGCGGAGAAGGAUACAGGAGUGCUGUCAGUCUGCUUUUAUCUCAGCCCUGAUUAAACCUUGUUCCUGUCUGACCUAAAAAGUCAGCUGGUGGAAACUUCAGAGACUGUUGGUGGAUUUCAUUGAAGAUCUUUUGAAGAUCUUUAUACCAAGCCUAGAGAAAGAGAGAGAGAGGGAGAGAGAGCGCAAGGGGGACCUGAUGAGGAAGAGGCCGGUGCUGGGUGGUAACUCUUAGUAGUUACAAUGCCACAGGAAGCAGACGGAAGCUGUGCUGAAAUGUGCCCGCGCCACCCGUCUGGGACACGCACAACAAAAAAGCCAAGAGUGCUGCAGCAGCUCCCAGCCCCGUGCUCGGGAACCUUCCCCCAGGAGAGGGCAUGCCAGUGGGGCCCGUCCCUCCAGGAUUCUUUCAGCCGUUUAUGUCACCUCGAUACCCUGGGGGACCCAGACCAACGCUCCGAUUACCCAACCAGGGACUCGGGGUCCCGGGUGGCCAGCCCAUGUUACCCAGUGGAAUGGACCCCACAAGACAGCAAGGACAUCCCAAUAUGGGAGGGCCCAUGCAGCGGAUGACUCCCCCGAGAGGCAUGGUACCACUCGGGCCCCAGGGUUAUGGAGGUGGGAUGAGACCACCACUGAAUGCCCUGGUUGGUCCCGGGAUGCCUGGCAUGAACAUGGGGCCUGGUGGGGGUAGACCCUGGCCAAAUCCUCCAAACUCCAAUUCGACACCUUACUCUUCAGCAUCUCCAGGAAGUUAUGUGGGACCUCCAGGAGGAGGGGGACCACCUGGGACCCCGAUAAUGCCGAGUCCAGCAGAUUCUACCAACUCUGGUGACAACAUGUACACCAUGAUAAGCACAGUCCCUCCAGGUGGAAGCCGACCAAAUUUCCCUAUGGGUUCAGGUGGUGACGGCCCAUUGGGGGGAAUGGCGGGAAUGGAGCCCCAUCACAUGAAUGGAUCAUUAGGCUCAGGUGAUAUGGACAGUCUCCCCAAGAACUCUCCUGGCAACCUAAGUAUGAGUAACCAGCCCGGGACCCCCAGGGAGGAUGGAGAGAUGGGAGGAAACUUCCUUAACCCUUUUCAGAACGAAAGUUAUUCUCCGAACAUGACGAUGAGCGUGUGAAGGCUCUGGAAGCAGGUCUGCUUCAGUCGCCGAGCGACCCGGAUCAGUGAGAAGCAGGAUGUGAUGUCAUCUAGACCAGUGACUCUUCCUACACCACCAACACACAUUUGCCCCAGGCCCUGUCCUCCUAAGAUCCCCCAAGCCCCACCCCUCCAUGGUUUCUGUCCACAUCUCUUCUGUCCUAUUUCUUCUUCUGCUGUUCAAAGUGGUGACUCUGCUACGCUCAUCAGUUCUUCCUCUGCAACUAUAAGACUGUACAAAGCAACCAAAUUGAAACAACCUGGAGGUGAACUCUUUGCAAACAAAUACGCUGGUUUUUACAUGUUAUAUAUCUUUACAUCUUUUAUCUUUUCUUGAGAAAAGAGAAAUUGAGAGACUUCACAUCUUUAUAAUGGGUAGUUUGUUUUAUAUAAAAUUCCCAAACUCAUGUGGAAAAUUAAAUCUCUUCAAAGUCAGCUCUUCAACAAUGAUUUGCAGAAAGGUUCCUUCACAAAAUAAAAUAUUUGUCUCCAUUUUUAAUAUGAAGUCACAUUUAGAAACAGUGCAGUAGAAAUAAAGAUUGUAUCGUAUGCUGAAUUCACCAAAAGUGAGUGAGAAUGGGUUGCAUAGUCUUGUUUGAAUUGUUCUGUUCACUGUUCAGAGAGCAGCGAGGAUAACACUGGGCAGGAGGAUCUGCACAAAAGUCACAUUGAACAGACUUUGAAAGGUUUUUCUUACUCUUAAUUAUGGAAAAAAAUACAGUAUUCGUUCCCUUUUGGAGGAUCAUACAUUUUGUUUACUGCAAAAACAUGGAUAAUUAGAAAUGGGAAAUCAAAAGAUAUUUGAUUGUUUUAUUUAACUAUAUUAUUAAUUAAGAAAGGACACUGAACCUGAGCAUGUUUUUACAUUUUUUUGGUUGCUAAGGCCUCUCUCAUCUCUAGUUAUUUAAACGUUUAUAAUUUUACAUAUUGGAAUCACAGUAGCAAAGUUGUAUAACAUGUUCAACAAAGGGAGAGAAAACAAAGAACGACGACUAGUACGAGCGGUAGCUAUAAGACACAAGCUUAUGAAGUCACUUUGGUCUCUCAUACUUAAUUGCCAUCCGGAUAAACUGUGAUCUUAUUGUGAAGUGAAGGGUCAGUUGGUACAGAAAGUGAAAAUAUGCUGGUUUUUAGUAAGUGUUUUACAUUUUUUUCACUUCCCAAGAUGUCCUAUCAUCAUGUAGAAAAGGUUGAUAUGCCUGUGAACAUCCUCCUCUCCCCUUCCUUACUGCAAAGUGUACAGCUGACCAAUGUAGCUCCUAUAUCUUGUAUGUGUAUUUGAUAUUAUUAUUAUUUAAAAAAGAAUCUGGAGAUAAUUAUUGCAAAGGGAGGGAUGGAUUGAUGAUGCACCAUCACAACUUAACAGAGAUAUUUUAUUUUGCUUUUCUGUUAGAUUGAAGCCAUAAUUGGGAGUAGAAGAUGCAUUUGUAAAUUGGAUCAUGUUUUCUGUUUAGUAGCAGUACGUGGGACUCCAUUUGUGAUGUCAAUUUUCUCUUUUUUUAUUCUUGUAUUAUGUUUUUGUAAAUACACAGAGAAGUAUUUCAUGGGUUUUGAAUAUGCUAGUAUAAAACUUCUCCUCCCUUAUUAAAAGUCUCAACUCUU